AUCAUAGUGUUGACUUCUGUCGAUAAACGUUUACCCAGUAAGCAAUUGGGUAAAUUACCGAUAACUCUACUCUAUCCCCUGGUUUACAACCGAAAACAUACGAGGGCUACUUCUGCCAUUAAAAUUAAACCCAAUUGAAAGGAAAGAAAAAAGUAUUCCUUCCUUCACGAAGAAGCUCCCAUGAUAUGGCUCAAAUCAAUCAAUUCUCUCACUCUCUUCCUGUCUUGUCCACUCAUUGGUGAUCGUCCAUGGCCGACCAUACCCCACCACCCCUUCCCUCAUCUAUAUCGCUGUUAAAAUCAUCGCCUCCAAAAGCCCCCAACUCACUUCUUUUUUCCCUCAAAAGCUUGAAGAUUCAACUACAAGAGAAGGAAAAAGCUUUGGUUGCGUACCUGAUUUUUCUUUUGAGGAAUGAAAUUGCCCUUUGCUUCACAGCAAAACAACCUAUCUUCACCAGACGUAAAGCAGCAAAUCAUCGGUGCUGCUGCUGCUGCUGGUGCUGCUGCUGCUGCUGGUCGAUACGAGCCUAAAUCUGUGCUUGAUAUUUGCCGGAGUCCACCUGGUAAGACGUCGGAGUUCGAUUGCGUUGAUCGUAAUAGCAUUGUGUUAUCAUCAUCGGAGGAUCCGUUGCCGUUGGACAAUUACGAACAUGGAAUCGUCACUCAGUUUGAAGAAUGGGAUUCUCUAAUGAACGAAUUAGGGCUUCAUGAUGAUUCUGCAAAAUCUGCUUUCUUGUCUGAACUUCCCGACCUCCCGCCGGUGCAACCGAAAGUGACUGCUCCGACUAUGUCUCUUUUCUUACAAUCCGAUUUUGAGAACCCGAACCCUAACCCUAACCCUAACCCUAACCCUAACCCUAACCCGCUUGAUUUCAUGAUCGACAACGGAAACGAGUUCGAUUUCGUAGACGAGUUAAUUCGGAUCGCCGAGUGCUUUGAAACUCAGUCUCUUCAGCUGGCACAGGUGAUAUUGGCGCGGCUCAAUCAGCGGCUUUGUUCACCAAACGGAAAAGCCCUCCAGCGAGCCGCGUUUUACUUCAAAGAAGCUCUUCAGCAUCUGAUCACCGGGUCAACUCGGCUGACUCAGUCUUCUUCCUCCUCUGAGAUUGUACAAGCAAUUAAAGCGUACAAAACGUUCUCCACUGUCUCGCCGAUUCCGAUGUUCUCUAACUUCACCGCCAAUCAAGCGAUCCUUGAAGCGGUUGACGGUGCGAUGAUAGUCCACGUCAUCGAUUUCGAUAUUGGAAUCGGCGGUCAUUGGGCUUCCUUCAUGAAAGAGCUCGCCGAGAAAGCGGAGAAUCGUAAGGUUAACUCGCCGGCGUUCAGAAUCACCGCCGUCGUUCCGGAGGAGUACGUAACAGAAUCGAGAUUGAUCAGAGACAAUCUAUUCCAGUUCGCUCUUGAUCUAAAGCUAAGAUUCGAUAUCGAUUUCGUCUCCGUUCAAACUUUCGAGCACCUUUCGUUUAGAGCGAUCAAGUUUAUGGACGGAGAGAUGAUGGCUGUUCUAUUGACUCCAACAAUUUUCCGACGUAUCGGCGCUGAUUUCAUCAAAGAUCUUCGACAAAUUUCUCCCAACGUAAUCGUGCACGUCGAUGGAGAAGGGUUGAUGGGAGGCGGAACGUCGUUCUUCCGGCAGACGGUGAUCGAGGGCUUAGAAUUUUAUUCAACGAUUUUAGAAUCACUGGAAGCUGCAAACGUUGGUAUUGGAGUAGGAGGUGGAGAUUGGUUAAGGAAGAUUGAGAUAUUUGUGUUGCUGCCGAAGAUAAUAGCGGCGGUGGGGGCCGCCGGCCGCCAUGUGACGCCGUGGAGGGAGGCGUUCAGUAGGGCGGGUAUUCGACCGGUGGGACAGAGUCAGUUUGCUGACUUCCAAGCAGAGUGUUUACUGAGGAGGAUUCAAGUCAGGGGAUUCCACGUGGCGAAGCGACAAGGAGAGAUGGUGCUUUGCUGGCACGAUAGGCCACUCGUUGCCACGUCAGCCUGGAGGUGUUAGCCAAUUAAUAAAAUAUAUAAUUUUAAAUAAUAAAAAUUGGAAUCCUUUUUUCACAUUUAUAUUUACCUUUAUAAUGUAA